AUGAAUAACAGCCAAGAGAAUUUUGAUUUUAAAAACUGCACUACUUGCUAUCUCAUAUAGGAAAACAAAGUUUUACUUGGAUUUAAAAAGAGAGGUUUUGGUAUUGCAAAAUGGAAUGGAUUUGGAGGCAAAGUAGAUUCAAAUGAAACAAUUUUAUAAGGUGCAAUAAGAGAAAUGUAAGAAGAAUGUAAUAUCACUCCUACUAAAUUAAAGUUUGUUGGAUUAAUAAAAUACACACUACCAAAACUUAAGAUGAUAAUUUUAUCUCAUUAGUUUAUCAUUAGUGAAUAUGAAGGUUCAAUAUAAGAAUCUGAAGAAAUGAGGCCCUAAUGGUUUGAAUUUUAAAAUAUUCCUUUUCAAGAUAUGUGGUGUGAAAACCAUAUUUGGUUUGGUGAUUUGUUAAAAUAAAACUACUUUUAUGGUGAAUAUACUAUGGAUGGUCCUGAAGAUCUGUAUUCUAGUAUGAACAAAAUAGUAGAAAGAGAACAACUUUAUUAACUUCAAAAAUAGUUAUCAAACAGACUCUUAGAGUGA